UGCUGAUUCACUCUCACACGUUGGCAGCUCAGUGAAGAGAUUUUGUUGCCUGUGCACCUGUUCUCAUCUGAUAUAGGCUAAGAAUAAGAGUAAAACCAAAAGGGAAAAUGGAAGUGUAUUUAAAAAUCACAGCAGUUCUCCUUCUACUUGUCCAAGCCUUUCACCUGGCAUCGCUCCAAGACUCAACCGACUCUCCGGGGCGGACAAUUGAUAAAGGCUGGCUCCGUGAACUACCUAAAAAUACAGCUGGAAGUCAAAACACUACAGUUCCUGAAGUGAAGACAGAAUACGAUCCGGCCAACAGUGGGACACCAUCUGGCUUUAUGGCAAUAUAUAAUGAGGAAGAGGAGAAUGGCGAUGCAAAUGAUGGAUCUGAUGAUGUAACUGUUAUUGCUACCACCGAGCCUCCUGCAAUGCUUAAUGUUACAACCAAGCAACCUGAAUUUCAAAACGCUUCAACUGCAGAUCCCACAAACUCAAGUCAGGUGAACAUGACAGACGCUGAGGAGGAAUUUCAUAACUCAACGACCACUCCUCAAAACUCUACAACUGAUCUGAGUCCCCAAAACUCCACAACCUUGCCAGAUUACUCCAAUCACACUGAUUUACUGACAACAACCUUGGCUCCAGAGGGCAACACUACGCAAGAAUCCACAACAAAACCCGACAAAGAUACAGGGUUAAUUAAUGCUACAGAAUCUACGACGACAACUGUAACAACCACAUUGACACCAGAGAUAAACGAAACACCCACCACAUCUUCAUCUACAAUGACACCAGAGAUAAACGAGACACCCACCACCUCUUCAUCGACAACAGUCUUCCUAUCUGAGACCACAGAAAUGAGCCCUGAGACUACAACUGCCGCCGCUCCAAACACACCUGAGAAGGCCAACAAGACAGAAAAAGGUUCAGCCCUAGGGACCAACUCAGAAAGAGGUUUGGAAUCAGAUCUCCAGAGGAGUAAAAGAAAGGGAGCGUGGGGGGCUGUACUGGGAACAGCGGUGGCUGUGGCCUGCGUGGGACUGGUGGCCUACGUCAUCCUGAAAAAGAAACACCAGAAGGGUUUCUCUCACAGGAAACUGGUUGAGGAGUAUCCUUCAGACCCAGUUCUCAGAUUAGACAACACCGAACCUUUGGACUUGAACCUCGGUGGUUCGGCCUAUUACAACCCAGGACUCCAAGGGGACAACAUCCAAAUGACCAACUUUCCAGGAGGCCGUGGAAACUGAAAAGACUCCCAAGACCAAAGUCAUGAACUCCCUCGAAAGAAAAUGGGCCAAUAUUGGCAUUUAAUACACAACCUAUAAUGUGGAGAUUUGUAAAUAAGACUGUCUGAAAGUGAUAUUUGUGGAUGGAAAUUACAAAAGAGUCUGUUGUCAGCCACCAAAUAUGGCGCUUAUGUUAGAUUAUGUGUUGUGUUGAGUACAUUUAUUGCAUUGAAAUAGAGGGAUUGCUAAAGGGAAUCUAUCUGAACUACACUACUACAGCCAAAAUUAACUGUCAGCCAUUUAUGUAUGUUGCCAAAGGGAAUCAAAUGAAGUCUUUCCUAAUGAAGAAUACACUUUGCAGUCAAUGAAGCGUGUUAAAAAAUGUAUAUUUGUUCUAACUUUUGGUUUAAUUUUAAUUAUGUUUUGUGUAAAUAGGAGCCACAAAAUGCUCUUAAAGACAAGGAAAUUUGCACUAUUCAGAUCGGCGAUAAGAAACGAUUCCUGCUGAUACAAAACAUUUGUAAAAAAAAAAAAGAAAAAGAGAAAAGUGCUGUUGUUCUGCAGCCUAAAUAACAGAUGAUACAGCUGCCCUGUUGAGGCCUUUGCAACAAAUCCAUCUCAACUAUCACCUGCUGGUAUUGCACAAGGAAGGCAAUAAGAAGUUAAAUUUAAACUUCGCUAUUCAGAUUUUCCACAACUGGCAGUCACAGCCAAAGUCUGAGAAUUGAACCGUCAAACCAAAGACUGGAGUUUGUUUUUCUACACCAGUGAGGGAGGUGGAGGGAGGCUGGGUGCUGUUUUGUUAUUCAUAGACAGAGGUUUUGGUAUUCAGGAAGGGAGUUGUGUAUUUGGUCUUAGCACUACUCAGUAGCAACAACUAUAUCAUCAUAAUAUACUGCUUAAAUCUUCUGACCUCCAGGUGUCCAAACAGAGAUUUGAGUUUCUCCUAGCGACUGUGUGUACCUUGAAGAGUUACAUAGCAUUUACCUGCUGCAUAUCUAGAGCAAAAUUAGAACAUAUCUGAUGCAGAAAUUUUUUUAACUUUAUUUUUUUAUUAUUAUUCUUCUCCUAAGUUUGCUUUAACUUUGAGUGACAACCUUCAGCAAGAACAGUCUCUUUUUUACACUGAGACAACGUGGUUGGGAAAGUAGGGAUUAGGAAGGGAACUACACAGUCUUGUCCUUGUAUGUAUCUUAUGCCUUUGUAUGAUAAAAUCUAACAAUGUCUCAUAAUUGCUAAUUUCUAAACUUUCUUACUUUUCUUUGUUAUACAAAAAAAUUACACUUUUAUAACAGUAUAUAUAAAAAAAUUCAUCCUGAAAAUCCAUCUUCCAGCUCCCUCGAUCCUUUCACUCAUCAUUACGUGAGUGAAGCCUGCACUCAAUCAAUAUGCGUCCUUAUUAUGAUUGAUAUGUGUCUCAGCUCGGCCUAAACAGCCAACAAUAACUCGGAGAUGUGUGAUUUUUAUUUGGUGUGGUUAGAUGGUUCGGUGGCAGGCAAGGCAGGUCUGCUUCCUUCCAUGUUCUAAUUUCAGACAUCAAUCAGAGAGAGGAAUUUUGUGUCGCAGUGUUAAAGAAUCACAGUGAUUACCGCAGAAAGAUUGCAGGGUGGAUGAAUAAUGGGACACAUGUACAUCAGUUGCAACUGCUUAUGAAAUGUAAUGGGACCUGAUGAUGCCUUAAUAAACAACCAAAUCCCCUAAAAA